CAGGAAGCUCUUUAAUGAAGAAACAUCAGAGCAGUUAAAGACACUGGAACACAGAAUCCCAGCACCAAAAAAUGGCUUCCUCUUGGAAACUAAUCCUGUUUCUGUCAAUUGCCGGGUGUCUUUCAGACUAUUCCAAAGCGCUUCCUAGUCUUCCUACUUCAUAUGCUGCUUUGCUACGAGUUAAGAAGAGUUCCUCCUCAGCUCUGUUUGGGUCAAAGACCCGAUCACGAUACAGCAAUCCUUCGUUAGGAGCGCUGAGUGUUUCUUCACCCAGCUGGCGAGGGGCGGCUCAACAUUAUUACUCCCCCAUCAAUCUUUAUCAUUCCUCAGAUGCCUUCAAACAAGAUGAAAGUGUAGACUAUGGGCCUGUGUUUGUACAAGAACCAGAUGAUGUUAUUUUUCCAACUGAUUCUGAUGAAAAGAAGGUAGCACUGAAUUGUGAAGUUCGUGGCAACCCAGUUCCCACUUACAGAUGGCUUCGAAAUGGAUCAGAAAUAGAUUUGGAGAGUGAUUAUCGCUACAGUUUGAUCGAAGGCACCUUCAUUAUAAGCAAUCCAGUUGAAGCAAAAGAUUCUGGUCAUUAUCAAUGCUUGGCAACCAAUACUUUUGGAAGUAUUCUUAGCAGAGAAGCCAUACUUCAGUUUGCCUAUCUGGGAAACUUCAGUGGCCGGACAAGAAGUGCGGUGUCUGUGAGGGAAGGCCAGGGGGUCGUUCUGCUGUGCUCUCCACCCCCUCACUCCCCAGAGAUCAUCUAUAGCUGGGUAUUUAAUGAGUUCCCUUCAUUUGUGGCGGAAGAUAGUCGGCGGUUCAUUUCCCAGGAAACAGGCAACCUUUACAUUUCCAAAGUCCAAGCAUCAGAUGUUGGCAGCUAUAUUUGCCUGGUGAAAAACACAGUGACAAACGCUCGAGUACUCAGUCCUCCAACGCCACUCACUCUACGUAAUGAUGGUGUGAUGGGAGAAUAUGAGCCGAAAAUUGAGGUCCAUUUUCCAUUCACAGUUACAGCUGCUAAGGGAACAACUGUUAAGAUGGAGUGCUUUGCACUUGGCAACCCUGUUCCAACCAUCACAUGGAUGAAGGUUAAUGGAUAUAUUCCCAGUAAGUCACGUCUGCGGAAAUCUCAGGCAGUGCUGGAAAUACCAAAUGUGCAGCUAGAUGAUGCAGGAAUUUACGAGUGCAGAGCUGAGAACUCACGUGGAAAAAAUUCUUUUCGUGGACAGUUACAAGUAUACACCUACCCUCAUUGGGUAGAAAAACUGAAUGAUACUCAACUGGACAGUGGGAGUCCUCUCCGAUGGGAAUGUAAAGCUACUGGAAAACCCAGACCCACAUUUCGUUGGCUGAAGAACGGAGCGUCCCUCUUGCCUCAGAGUAGGGUUGAGAUGGUUAAUGGCGUGUUGAUGAUCCACAGUGUUAAUCAAUCAGAUGCUGGGAUGUACCAGUGUUUAGCUGAAAAUAAAUAUGGAGCCAUUUAUGCCAGUGCUGAGCUGAAGAUUUUAGCUUCAGCGCCUACUUUUGCACCAAACCAACUGCAAAAAGCCAUCAUUAUCACUAAAGGCCGAGAAGUCAUCAUAGAGUGCAAUCCCCAAGGCUCUCCAAAACCAACCAUCUCCUGGAAGAAGGGAGACAGAGCAGUUAGGGAAAACAAAAGGUUAGAUGUCUGUUUCUUAAUUCCAGCCCCAAACCGACUUGAGGUGUGUUGCAGAUGACGCAUGCCGAGUAUAAAGAAAAAUGUUUGGAAGUAGCUGAGACAUUAUUUGACAAGCUGAAUUGAGAGUUUUCAGUUAUUUUGAAGUAACUCAAGUAUUUUAACUCAGUAUGUUCAGACUUCUUUACCUCCAUAGGUUAUUAGCACUAAUUGGAAAUUUCAUUAAGUUACAAAUGAAGCAAACACUCUUCCUUUUAGUUUUUCAUUUGAAAGGUAUAGG